UGCUGAAAUAAUCACCAGUGAAGUGAAGAGUGCAGAAGGAUGUCUGAAAGGGUGAAAGUCAUUGUUCGAUGUCGACCACUCAGUAGGAAGGAGAAUGAAGAAGGAUGCAAGCCCAUUAUAUCUAUGGAUUCCAGUUAUCAUUCAUGUUCUAUACGGAAUCCUAGUGAUAUUGCUCCUCCAAAGACAUUCACUUUUGAUGGAACAUACAACUUCUCUUCAACAACAGAACAAAUAUACAAUGAAGCAGCAUUUCCACUUGUACAGGAUGUGUUAAAUGGAUACAACAGCACAAUAUUUGCUUAUGGUCAGACUGGAUGUGGAAAAAGUUUCACUAUGCAAGGAUCCUACGAUAACUAUUCUGAACGCGGUGUCACACCACGGGCCAUAGAGCAAAUUUUUGAAGAAAUAGCUCUUGCUGAGAAUACAAAAUAUCUUGUUCUUGUCUCUCACUUAGAGAUUUAUAAUGAUGAAAUAAGAGAUUUGCUUGGAAGUGGCAGAAAAAAUAAGCUUGAGCUCAAAGAACAUUCAGAGCAUGGAGUAUUUGUUCAAGGUAUAUCUCUUCAUUCAGUUCAAGGUGUACAUGAUUGUGAGAAACUCAUGCAAAAAGGUAUCAACAAUAGGAUAACAGCAGAAACACAAAUGAAUUAUGAUUCUUCACGCUCGCAUUCAGUCUUUACUAUACAUGUAGAAAUCGUCCCUGUUAAUACAUCAGAAAUUGAUGGAAUGCAAAUGAAAUUUCAAAACAUACGAAAGGGAAAGUUAAAUUUGGUAGACUUAGCUGGAAGUGAGCGUCAAGGUAAAGCAGGAACAACAGGUGACAGACUGAAGGAAGCUACAAAAAUAAAUCUUUCAUUGUCAGCUCUAGGAAAUGUGAUAUCAUCAUUGGUAGAUGGAAAAUCAAAGUAUAUACCAUAUCGCGAUUCAAAAUUAACAAGGUUAUUGCAAGAUUCACUAGGUGGCAACACAAAGACCCUUAUGAUUGCAUGCCUUUCACCAGCUGAUAGUAAUUAUGAAGAAAGUUUGAGCACAUUGCGUUAUGCUAACAGAGCAAAAAAUAUCAAGAAUAAGCCCCAUAUCAAUGAAGAUGCAAAAGAUGCACUUCUGAGAGAGUAUGAACAGGAAAUACAAAGAUUGAAAAACCUUCUGAGUAGGGAAGUCAAUUUUCAAAUUAUAAAUUAUUUUGAUUUUGAAGCAGAUGAACAAAUUGAAGAAGAGAAAGAAAAGUUGCGUGUUGAGUAUGAACAAAAGCUAAAUAAGAUGAGACAAGACUGGGAAGUUGAACAUGUCUCUAAGUGCAAGCUGGAAAUAGAGAUGCAAAAUUUAAGAAACAAUUUGGAAUCAAAGAGAUACAAUACUAAGGGAGUCAAUGGCAUGGACGGUGGAUUUGCCCUUCCUAAAGCCAAAUUGCACCGCAGCAAUAAUGUUAUUACAUGUCAGAUAAUCACACAACUGGGAGUUGAUGAUGGAUUCCAAAACUUUAGAUAA